AUGGAAAACGUUAAUCUCUAUUUCCCCUACCCCCAAUCCCUCCCCAUAUCCCCAUUUCCAAGCCACUCCCGUCACUCCCCUUCCCUCCGCCCCUACCCGAUUCCUCUUUCCCCAGGGACUCCUCAUAUCCCCUUCCCUCCCCCUUACAAGCUCCCUCCGUCCCUCCUCAUUUUGCCCCCCCUCCGACCCUCCCCAUUUUCCCUUCCUUCCAUCCCGGCCCAUUUCCCCAUCCCUCACUCCCUCCCCAUUUUCCCUUCCCUCCAUCCCUCUCCAUUUUGCUGUUCCUCUGUCCCUCACCCUUUUGCACCACACACACCGCCGUCCCUCCCCAUUUUGCCUUCCCUCUGUCCCUCCCCAUUUCCCCUACCCUCUGUCACUCCCAUUGCCCCUCCUCUAUGUCCCUCCACAUUACCCCUUCUCUCUGUCACUCCCUGUUUCCCUUUCCCAUACUCUCCAUGUUACCCCUUCCCUCUGAACCUCCCCAUUCCCCCUCCCUCUUUCCUUCCCCAAUUCCCCUUCCCUCUGUCCCUUCCCAUUGCCACUUCCCUCUGUCACUCCCAUUACCGCUUCCCACUGUCCCUCCCCAUUUCCACUGCCCUCUAUCCUUCCCUAUCUAGUCUCCUCUUUCUCACUCCCAUUUCCCCUUCCCUUUGUCUCUCCCAUUUCCCCUGCCACCUGUCCCUCCCAUUUCACAUCCCCCCUGUCCCUCCACCCGCCACUUCCCUCUGUCCGUCCCAAUCUGUCCUUCCGGAUUUCCCCAUCCCUCUGUGCCUCCCCAUCUCCCUCCCCUCUGUCCCUCCCCAUCUCCCUCCCCUCUGUCCCUCCCCAUCUCCCUCCCCUCUGUCCCUCCCCAUCUCCCUCCCCUCUGUCCCUCCCAUAUCUCACCACUCUGUCCCUCCCCAUAUCCCACCCCUCGUCCCUCAACAUAUCCCACCCCUCUGUCCCUCACCAUAUCCCUUCCCUAUGUCCCUCCCCAAAUCCUUCUCUCUGUCACUCCCCAUUUUCCUCUCCCAACACUCCAUGUUACCCCUUCCCUCUGUGUACCUGGUGUGUGCCUUGUGUUCACCUGUGCGCCCCCACCUACCUUGCUCAUUCCGUCACACCCAUCACGCUCCUCUCCACAACCUUCCCACAUCACCCAUCCUCUUCACACCCUUUCGAUGCUUGAAAGAGGGGUUGAUCGGCAUUGGGGCUCAUGCAAUGUCGCCCUCCCACACACCCUCGCUUGCCCUCCCUAAUUUGCCAACCACCCUAUGCCCAAUGUGUCUGCCCCAGGCCAUCCGUGCGAAGGGACAUCAGCAGCCCGGCCCGGCCCAGCCUCCACAUUUCCCCUUUUCUCUGACCUCCCCAUUUCCCCUUCCUGUACAAAUUCAAUUCCCCUUGCCCCUGUCACUCCCCAUUUCCCCUUCCCUCUGUCCCUUCCCCAUUUCCCCUUCCCUCUGUCCCUUCCCAAUUUCCCCUUCCCUCUGUCCCUUCCCCAUUUUCCCUUCUCUCUGUCCCUUCCCAAUUUCCCCUUCCCUCUGUCCCUUCCCCAUUUCCCCUUCCCUCUAUCCCUUCCCCAUCUCCCCUUCCCUCUGUCCCUUCCCCAUUUCCCCUCCCCUCUGUCCCUUCCCCAUUUCCCCACCCCUCAGUCCCUCAGCAUUUCCCCUUGUCCUGUCACACCGCUUAUCCCCUUCCCCCUGUCCCUCCCCAUUUCUCCUACCCUCUGUCCCUCCCAUUUUCCCUUCCCAUACCAGCCCAAGUCCCCUUGUCCCUGUCACUCCCCAUAUCCCCAGUCCCCUGUCUCUCCAUGUUUCCCCUUCCCCUAAUCCCUCAGCAUUUCUCCUUGUCCUGUCACUCCCCUUAUCCCCUUCCCCCUGUCCCUCUCAGGCACCCAUUUUCUCUGACCUUCCCCAUGUUCCCUUCCAGUACCAGCCCAUGUCCCCUUGUCCCGGUCACUCCCCAUGUCCCCUUCCCCCCUGUCACUCCAUUUUCCCCUUCCCCCAGUCCCUCAGCAUUUCCCCUUGUCCUGUCACUCCCCUUAUCCCCUUCCCCCUUCCCCCAGCAUUUCCCCUUAUCUUGACACUCCCCUUAUCCCCUUACCCCUGUCCCUCCCCAUUUCCCCUUUUCUCUGACCUUCCCCAUGUUCCCUUCCGAUACCAGCCCAAUUCCCCUUGUCCCGGUUACUCCCCAUUUCCCCUUCCCCCUGUCACUCCAUCCCAAGUCCCCUUGUCCUGUCACUCCCCUUAUCCCCUUCCCCUUUGUGCUUCCCCAUCUCCUCUUCUUUCUCACACCACAAUUUCCCCUUCCGUUUUGUCUCUCCCAUUUCCCCUGACCUCAAUCCCUCCCAUUUCCCAUCCCCCCUGUCCCUCCCAUUGCCACUUUCCUCUGUCCCUCCCAAUUCCCUUUCCAUCUGCCCCUCCACAUAUCCCUUCUCUCUGUCGCUCCCCAAUCCCCGUUCCCAACACUGCAUGUUACACCUUGCCCCUGUCACUCCCCAUUUCCCCUUCUCUCUAUCCCUCCCCAUUUCCCAUUUCCAACACUCCAUCCACCCUUUCCCUCUGUCCCAACCCUUUCCCCUCCCCUCCGUCCCUCCACAUUACCCCUUCCCUCUGUCACUCCCUGAUUCCCUUUCCAAUACACUUCACGUGUUCCCUCCGUCACUCCCGAUUGCCACUUCCUCUGUCCCUUACCAAAUCCCCUUUUCUAUAUAACCCUCCCAUUACCCCUUCCCUCUGCCCCCCACCCCCCCAGUUUCCCUGCCCUUUGUGCUUCCCCAUCUCCUCUUCUCCUCCCCUUUUUGCCAUCCGUCUGUCACUCCCUAAUUUGCCAAUCCCUCUGUCCAUCCCCAUCUUUCCUUCCCUCUGUCCCUCCCCAUUUUGCCUUCCCCUCUGUCCCCAAUUUCAGACACGCCUGCGGCCCCCCGCUGACUUAGCUCACAUGUCUGGCGCAGAUAGGGAGGGUGGCGAAGAGGGUAUUGGCCGUGCUGCCUUAGUGCCGGAUGGUGUAGCCAGGGAGACUGCGACGUCCAAGGCAUUGCACAAGUUGCUGCACAAAAGAAAACUCACUCUCAGCUGUCACUUGACCACACCAUGGGCCAUCCUACGCUGCGGAUUGGCAAGCCUCAUGGGAGGUGGUUGCGUGCCACGAGACAGUGAUAUGGUAUUCUUGUUCAUCGAAGCCGCCCCCGCUCUUGUCGACUAUUUAGUUGACGCAGCCUCUGCUGCAGUGCCCGGGACAUUCCAACAAAGGGCGCGGUCAAAGUCCCCACGGCAUCUGCCACGCAUUACAACCCGUGCCGGCACGCUGCGGGAGCCCUACUAUGGCAUGACGCAGCAGGAUAUGGCAGGCGGAACCACGAGCGCGGAUGUUGAGGAGGGGUUGCAGGAGGAGGCAGUCGCAGAGGGCGAUGGGAGCAACGAGGGGAUCGGCGGUGAGGAUCAAGAACAUGCGACAUCCGGCAUGGGUGUCGGGAGGGGCCGACACAUGCCGACAAGCAGGGGAGGUGUGACGAACAUGGUGGACGAAUCAGCUCCAACAACGACAGCAGCCACAAACGUGCGGGGGGGCGAUGCUCUUACAGUCAUGGAAGAGGUCUUUGGGGGCAUUUGGAUUGUUAUGGAGGUGCUUGAGGUGUAA